AUUUAUCAGAUUUUUUUAGCGGUACAAUAAUCUUUGGUUCUUAAAAACAAACACCUCUUGAAAUGCAACUUUUUGUCUUGAUUUCUGUUAGUGAAAUCUGAUUGCAAAACUUUCGAUGCUAAUUUUUGACUCACCGUGAAUCAAGGCAGGCCUGCUGUUACCAUGGGCAAUUCUGUGUACUGUGAUUGCGUGCUUUAUAAUUCGCCAAGUUAUCAAAUUCCUGAUAACUGUGUGGAAUUCCAGGAACUGCUCUUAUGUGUUGACGUCGACUGACAACCUGCAGCAUUUACAGGAGAAGAAAGAAGCAUCCAGCUCCAAUAGCCAGUAGCAAAAGCUUGGAGCAUGGAAGGAACCAACAGAUUGAAGCAGGACUCUUGUGCUCACCACUAGGACAGCUCCGAGCUGAUCGUGUGGCAAGCUGAAGAGGAAGCUAAACCGAGGGUGGAGAGGCAGCAGGGCUGUCUUUUCCCAUCAUCCACGGCCUUCCUUUGGCCCUUCUGUAGCACUCAUCAACACCACUGCCCUGUAACACUCAUCAAUCUUUGUGCUGCUUUUCAUUCUGUUGUUGGAGUUGCUCGCUCUCUUCUUAUCUACUUGUCUUUUCAUCUGGCUGGAUUAAUAGGUCAGCAGAAUCUAAGCACCUCAAACCAGUAAAAACCUCUCACUACAGGUCAGUGAAGUGAGCUGUUAAAGUUGUAGAGCUGCCAGCAGAAAGCAAUCAUCCCAAUGCAGAAGCAUAUGUGACUGCAGUACUUCACCAGCCCCCCCAAACCUAGAGUCUGGCUCAGUCCCACAGGUGAUGAGGAGGGCCAGGGGCUUCAUGUCUUUCUAGACUUUCUCUUCUCCACCUUUUGUCUUCAUGCUUUGGGGGUCCUCCAGUGUCCCCGCCCUCUGUCAACCCCCCCGCACCCACCGCCACCACGGCCAGCCACCCCAGUCGCCUCGUUGCCAUGCCGACAGAGACGCUGGCUCCAGCCCUGCCAGAUAGCAAGGCUGCUGGCCCUGCGGCGCCCUUCAGCUCCUCUGUACCCCUUCGCAUCCUCAACAAGGGCCCUGAGUACUUCAGGAGACAGGUGGAGCCGAACCCAAAGCGUCUCAGUGCUGUUGAGAGAUUAGAAGCUGACAAGGCCAAGUAUGUCAAGAGCCAGGAAGUUAUUAAUGCCAAGCAGGAGCCAAUCAAACCACCCGUGCUGGCUAAGCCUCCCGUUGGUCACACCCUUCUGUCGAAGAGAGGCUCUGGGAUUGGUGGAGGAGGAAAUGGAGGUGGAAUACCUUUUAAAGCCUCCAACAACAACGCCAAGUCAGACACGUGUGCAACAAGCAGUGGCAGCAGCAAACGGGAGAAUUUAAACUUGGAGAUCCUAAAAAAUCUGCUAAACUCAUCAUCCUCCUCAGGAGCAGGAUCUGAAGGACUAGGAGGUGGAGCUAAGAGUGCUGUGCUGAUGAGGUCAUCAGGGGGAAUGGCCAGGAGUUGGACGCCAUCUGGGAUGCCCUUAACCUACCGAUCUACAAUGACACUUAAUGAACAACCAUCAGACAUAGCUCCAAGCCCCAGCACCUCACACUCCCUGCGAUCCUUCUCCCAUUCCCUGAAGGUCCCCCCGAUCAACAGCGGGGGGCGUCGCAGUCCACAACAGGGAGCAAACCUCAAUCUCAGCAGACGAGUCCUGGAUGAGAGAGGAGGUGAAGGAGGAGUUAUCGAACGUUCUCGCUCCCCACUACCACCUCUGCUCACCUCCCACUCGUCUUCCGACCUUCUGCGACUGUGUAACGGCAAGCCACUCCGCACAGCACGAUCCAGUAGCUCCUCAGCUCCACCCCUUCCUCCAAAACCUAACCCUGCCUCCCUCCCCCCUCCUGCCCUUUCUUUGUCUUUGCCCCCGACUCGUCCAACUCCAUCUCCCUCCCCCUGUGAUAACACCACUCCUCAAUCGCUACCGUGUGAUUUUGGGUACCCUUCCAAUACAACAGCUGAUCCCAACCUGGAGCUUGAACUUGGUUCAUCUGUGGCUCGUCGCCCCUCACUACACAGAUCUAAAUCAGACCUGUCAGACCGAUACGCCCGGGCUGGAGCUGACGUGGAACGCUUUUUUAACUACUGUGGCCUCGACCCCGAGGAGCUGGAGGGGGUUGGUCCAGAGAACUUUGCGAGAGCGAACUCAGACAUUGUCAGUCUGAACUUCCGAUCAGCUUCUAUGAUCUCCUCCGACUGUGACCGAUCGCGACGAUCUUCCAAUGAUGGGCUAUCGGACGGAGAUGAGGGUGAGGAUGAGGAGGAGGAGGCCGGGGAGCGUGUGCCAUAUGGCAUCUCAGCUGUGGAGCGAAAUGCAAGGGUCAUUAAAUGGCUGUAUAGCAUUAAACAAGCCAGAGAGACACAAAAGGUCUCACAUGUUUAGGAUAAUGGAGGUACUGUAAUAUACAGACAAACUGCCUUGUGUCUCAGAAUUAGUAGGUGGACCAUCAUUUUUCACAGGUUUAGAAACUGUAAUGUUGGGGCUGAACUGCAAAUUUGUCAGAAAUGUGUAGAUGAAUGGAUGGAAGAUGUAACCCAAAUGAGGUAAGAAAACAAAAUGACUGAAAGGACAAAAUAAGGAAAAGGACAUUAAUACUUCUAGGUUUAGAAGAAGAUGAAUACUAACAACAGAGAGGAAUUAAACUUGGACAGUCAUAUGAAUAAAAUGUACUGUCUCAAGAGACAGAGUAACGAGUUAACUGUCUCUCUAUGGACAGUAUAAGCCAACAGACUAAGCCUGUUAGUUUGCUCAAGCAACAAGAACAAGAGCUAAAUGCACUACGAACAUUCAAGGACCCAAAACAUGACCGCCUCACCACAGAGGAAUAAAGGCCUUUCUCACAGAAGAAAUUUUGUCUCAUCAAUCAUAGGUAUGACUGACAUUCCAAUAAAGUGUAGUAUGAUUUCAGACCUCUAAAUCGUUACAUUUCUGAUCUGUUCAGCUCAUCUUCCUGUAUAGGAAUAUGAUAGCUAACUAGCUGUCUCUUUAACAAAACAAAAAACUAACAUGACAACAGAUUGUUGUAAAUUGAACUAAAAUACUCAGACUGACUGGAAAUCCACACUGAAAAGUAAAACGUGAGCAUAAAUGCUUUUGAAAUGUUCUGUCUGUUUAAUUUGCUGUGUCUCCUGGAGAGCUCUGCAGUCAUCCGCUACUCCAACUGUCUCCACAUGGCUGAAGGCAGACAUUUAUGGAAUAACAGCUGUUUCAUAUGGACUACACAGAAUUGUUGUGUCUCAGUCAGACAUUACAGAAACACUGUAGUUCACUCAACAACAAAAAAGAAUGAAACUGACAGUUAAAACAAAAAAGCAUGUAGGGUAGGUGAGCCACUCCUCAUGUGGGUCAUGAAGUUAGUGUGGAUGGGUAGAUGUGAUUAAGCGAAUCUGCAAUAAGUCUGAGGAGUGAUGGAUACCUGAAAACACUAAAAGCACUUUCUUGGAUCAAUAGCAGGACUGAUACAAAAAAUUUAAAUAUAUAAUUAAAACAGUUACCAACUAACAAGUUAUUUUCAAUGCACCUGAAUGCAGCCCGUGUAUCCUAAUCCUAAAUCAUGUUGUAGGACGAAUGUGGUACUGUUUAUUCACAGUGCUUCCACUGCCUCUCUGAGUGACCAGCUAACAGCUAACUUCAUGUUGUGGUAAUAUUACUGUAAGGGUUUUAUUGACAGUUUUUAUUUUUCGGGAGUGAUGAUCUGCACAUCACAACUCUCUACUUUCCUUCAUUUUACUUUAGCAAAAAAAGCAAUAGCCUAGUUCAUAGCAACACAGGGAUUGUAAUGUAGCCAAAUGACAGUGAUGUUCACAACAACUCUGCUGAUGUACAACGCCUGUUGCUAUUUCCUAUGAACAGUAUUUUAUUUAUUUUUUAUUUUUUUAAAAGGUGACAAUCUCUAUCGACUUCUUGCAAAGUUAAGGCCUUAUAACAGCUGCUACCAUUGAUACAUUUGCUACUGAUUGGUCAAGGCAAAAACUUAAAAUGGUAUUUCAGUCUGACUGUAAGGUUUAUUAAAUAUUUUAGUUCUUUUAGUUUGUUAAUUUUUUGAGCUCAUCUCGGUCGAAAUGUCAAAAUGUCUGCUGUGAGAAAGGCCAUUAUCAUACUGUUGGUGUUGACGAAACAAACUUUGGAAAAGGUGCUGACAUCUUUGCAAAACAGAUAUGAACUCUUUGUAAAAGUAUUAAGUCGGAGAUGCUGGUACGCUGUGCGACCAUAUUGACGUCAGCUCAGUGAAGUUACUUGAUAUUUGUAAUAGAUGACUGUUAAAGGAAUUAUGGAUUAAUUGAGUGCUAGUGGAGGCUAUCAAUGAAUCAAGUUGUUAACCAUGACAUUGCAAAAUGUUCAGGAACCUACAUGGUGGUACGCUAGCCUUUGCUAAGCUUUAGGUUGUGCUAAGCUAAAUAUUGUGCUAAAUGAAGGUCUUGGUGUGUGUAAUGAGUGAAAGAUGAAGGAAACAGAAUUACACCCAGUAGCUGGGUGGAUACACACAUAAUAUAAAAUAUAGUCUUACGAGCAUACAGCAUUAAGGUUACACUAUCAUAUUAGGCUGGUUUUUGCCUUUAUUGUCAGAUUUAUCAUCAACCCAUUCAUUUCACUGGAGAGCUUUAGUGUCCAAAGAUAGGAUGUGGUUAUUUGGAGGCUGUUGCACACUGACAAAAACCCUGGCAUUUGUUAUUGAAAUAGAAAUGUGGUCAAAUGAUUAACUUGAACGGUGCAACACAUCAUUAAUGGCACUGGCUUAAGAUGCUCUAAAACAUGACCUUUAUGAUUCAGGUUGAAUUCUGAUGUGUUUAGGCUGUUGUGAUCAGUGCCAUUCAAACUCAAGACCAGCUGCAGAUCAAAGAAAUGCACCAAGACAGCCUAGGUGUUCUCAGUCAGCUUCCAAUCAGACUUUGUGGUUCCCUUUUGGUUUACGCAUGUGGUAGUACGUAUUUGGUUUUAACAGGAAUUUAAAAAAUAAACUACUGUUAAAUGUAUAUGGUACAUACACUAUCGUUCAGAAGUUUGGGGUCACUUAGAAAUGUCCUUAUUUUUGAAAGGAGCAUUUUUUUCAAUAACGAUAGCAUUAAAUGAAUCAUAAAUACAGUCUAGACAUUGUUAAUGUGGUAAAUGACUAUUCUAGCUGGAAACAGCUGAUUUUUAAUGGAAUAUCUCCAUAGGGGUACAGAGGAACAUUUCCAGCAACCAUCACUCCUGUGUUCUAAUGCUACAUUGUGUUAGCUAAUGGUGUUGAAAGGCUAAUUGAUGAUUAGAAAACCUUGUGAAAUUAUGUUAGCACAUGAAUCAAAGUGUGAGUUUUCAUGGAAAACAUGAAAUUGUAUGGGUGACCCCAAACUUUUGAACGGUUUUGUAUGCCUUUUCAACAAGUUCACAUCAAUGAUCUUUUACUUUAAGCAUUUAAAUUUUGUUGAACUUUUAUCUCACCGGGUUGCUGAGUGGAUGCUAGUUAGCCAAUCUUGUGGACAUUAGUGUGUCCCACUGUACAGUACUUUUUAUUUAAAGAGAAAAGAUUUUAUUUAUUUAACAGUUGUGAGUUGAAAGUGUGUAAUUUUCAAAUUGCAAGAACCAUCAUUUUUUGUGUGUUUUAAAUCAGGAAGGUCAGGGAUGUCCAAUCAAAAGAGCAGCUGUUGCUGUUAGGUUUAGUCAGCUGUAAUUGUAAAGACCUGCUUGUUAGUUCAGUGAGUCUGGCAAACUACUGCAGGAAAUUCUCACCUGCUAUCUUGUGAGUGUACUUUCUGCAUGCUGUAUUUUGUAUGUAAGAUAGUAUUCUUCUAUAAUUUUGAUAGAGAUUUGAGAGCAAGUUUAGUCUUAAUGCUCUUCAAAAGGACAGCACUUGAACACAGUGCACAGAAUUUUCUGUGUAAAUAAUCUGUGCCAUAGUGCCAUUGCAUUUUCAAAUACAAACAGGUGUGUCUUCAUUUUAUGGGUCAAGUUCUAGUAGUGAUAAAUGAUCGGGCUCUUCAAACUCACGGAAGCAAGAAUAAUUAAUUCCCUCAUCCAUAAAAAAGUGCACACACUCCUGCUCCUCAUUUCUACCUGUCCACUAUACAUGAGAUUGGCUUAAAGUCUCAACUAAAAAAUGCUUAUGACCAAUUAAAUGCUCAGUCACUGUUUUUUUUUUUACUUCAAUGCAAACCGAAAAGAAACAGUGAAAUGUCUUACAUCCAGACAGGUGACAAAUUAAACAAAAACCGAUAAUAACAUGUCUCAGUAAGGGUUUUGGUCACAACCUGAAUGUGCCUUGCUUGGUUGAUGGUGAUGGAGAACACUGUCUAGCAGGUUGGUCCAUAAUCUCCCAUAAAUUCUCAGUUGGGUUGAGAUCUGGUGACAGUAAAGAUCGUAACAUAUGAUUCACAUCAUUUUCAUACCCAUCAAAUCAUUCUGUGACCCCAUGUGCCCUAUGCAUGAGGGCAGUGUCAUCCUGGAAGAGACCACUCCCAUUUGAAUAGAAAUAUUUCAUCACAGGAUUAAGAUAAUCAGAAGAGUUUUGUAUUGAUGUGCAGUGACCGUUUCCUCUAACAGGACAUGUCUCCUACCGUAUAACAGAGCCAGGGGUUUGAGUCUUUCUUUAUUUUGUCACCUGACUGUAUAUCCACAGUUUAGAAUUUACGAAAAUGUUAAAGAAGCAGAAUUUCCAGAGUAUGUCAGUGAUAGCACUGGACACUAAAGCUCUCCUCUUAAAACGGUGUCAGUCAAAGUCUCAUUAUGCAGUCCACCAGGCACUAUAAAUCUACACUGAAAGCAAUAUUAAUGAUAUAGCGACAUAUUACAGCACAAUAUAGUGUAGGAAGGUGGAUGGGAGAGUGUGAUCUUGUAUGUCAGCGUUUAUGGUUGUGUAUGCUGAUUGCCUCCUCCAGUCCCACACACACAGAAGGAACCCCAGCAGUGCUUCUGCAUUACGUCAAAGAACACUACAGGCUGCGCUCAUGAUGAACAAGCUUGUGGAUGCUCUGCUUUCUCUCUCGCCACAUCUUUGUCUGUCUCAGUCCUCAAAAGCAAGCCACAGGAAUCCUGUUGCUUAAUUCCUGUCUUCUUCCCGAUACUGAAUGAGGAUGGAUUACCAAGUUUGCCUCCGCCCUCAUCCACUGUGUACAUAUCUGCAAGUUGCUGACGUGAUUCAAGGCCCGAAGCCAUAUAGAUGAGAAAACAGCUUCUCCAUCAGCAGCUACCAGCUGUCAGUGUGUGUGUCUACCCCUCCACCUCCCUUUACCUCACCUUUAAUCUGCUGCAGGUCUGGGCCAGUGUGUCCAACAACGGCAACAACCCUGCUGGCUUCACUUUACUUCACACCAAGGACCAGACAAUAUUGCUGGCAUGGUUGAACCACCACCGAGGCAAGUUUUGUCUAUUUUGGAAUGAACAUGAAAACAUUAUGGUGUGUAGAGAAGAGCUGAAUGAGAUGACCCAGUAGUAGUUUAAUGUUGAGUCCUCAGAGAGUUUUCCAAUUCCAAAAAUUAAGGACAAUUGCAACCAAAGAACACUGACGACGUAUUAAAAUCUGAAUGCUCAUCAGUAAUAGAAAUUAAAGUAUAUGGAUUUACAUUUGGGUUUUCUUCAAAUAUGUUGCAGUGCUCAUAAUGUACGAUUCAGUACCUGUAUAGCUGAAAUGAUAGACAAAAGUGUUGUUUUAACUCUUCUAAGGCACAUCUAAGAAACAGGUUACUUGACUGUGCAUGUACACUACCAGUCAAAGGUUUAAGAACACCCCAGUUUUUCCAGUUUUUUUUAACUGAAAAUUAUGCAAUUCAAUUUCUCUGAAAUGAAAGCAUAGAAAAACAAACAAUUGAAGUUUAAAAAGAAAUCAUGGAAUCAAUUUAUAAACCGCAAUGUAUUCUAAAUUUUUGACUCCUCAAAGUAGCCACCUUUGGCAGAUAUAACAGCUGAACACACUUGUGGCAUUCCUUACACAAUGGAAAUCAAAUAUUCUUCAGAAAGUUCUUCCCAACUCUGUUGCAGAAGUUCCCAUAAGUUUACCCCAGUUUCUGAGUGCCUUUUGAUGUUGAAGAAAACUGUACUCACUGACACCUUAAUUGACUUUCUUUACAAUUUCUCUGUAGGAAAGACCUACAUUUUUAAGUGUUAUGAUGGUCUGUCUCUCUUCUAUUGCUAAUUGCCUUUUCCUCACCAUUUUUAUAGCAACACACUACUUUCUGCUGUACAAUACAGUUCAAAUCAUGCUCUGGAGGGUAUGGUACCACACUGUGUUCCAGCACUACUUUUAUGCAGACAGAGGGGGUUGUAAGUCAUCAAGAAAAGUUGGGACACCUGUAGGAUUUGGUAGCAUCAACUUUCAAGGCUUGGUCAACCUCCAUUGCUGCAGGACAACUUUAAGUUGUUAAUCCAUUUCUUGUUCCAUGAAAAAAAGCCUUUUUGAAUAAUUCUGAAGUGAGCAUUAUUUUUCAGUUUUGGGUAACCUUUUAUUUAACCUCUGGUAGUUCACCUCUUACCUUUGUACAGUUUCAAGCUAUUCAUUUGACUUGAACUAUUUGAAUUUCUAUUUUUUUUUUUUUUUUUUUAAAAACUGAAAUAUUGGGGUGUUCUACAACUUUUGACUAGUAGUGUAUGUACUUACUGGACUGAAGCUAUAACCAAUAACGCAUCAUUUAGUAAUUCCCCUUUUUAUUGGAAAGUAACUUUUGUCUGCUUGCCUUCAAUUCCAGGCUUAGCAGCCCUGACCCACACACCUGUUGUUGUGUGGACCUUAUUAUUUUUUAGAAAUGUGUGACCCUGUGUUUAAUAUCACUCAGACAAACUAAAGCAGCAUGCAUGCACACAAGACAUAUUGUUCUCUACAACUGUGAAAAGCACAAUCUCUGAAGUCACAUGAGUUAAAUGCAGGUUAGUUUACCACUCAAACCAAAAGGGAUUAAACCCUUUGAAACAGCAUUUGGCUCAUGCAACACCAAAACUCUGGAAGAUUAAAUGACAGGUUAGUGAAGCCUCAGUAUGCUUCAAAACAAAGUCCUCUUCAAGUCCUGCAACAGCGUCUGAAAUCUCAUGUCCAACCCUGUAAACAGAAAUGUGCCUGGCAGGUUUUAUUUUUACAUUUAUAAGGCAGGCUAAAUCGAUGGGUUAGAAAUAUGUACAAAAUAAUUACUGUGACCGAUGCUAAGUAAUAGUUUGACAUACAUUGGGGCAUGUGAAUAUUGUGUCUAGAAAAUCCAAACUAGUCCUUCAAAAACACUAAACGUAUUGUUCCCAAACUGUCAUGAAAUGCUUCUACAAUCAUUAUUAUUCUCCUGACAAUGGUUUAUUGGAUUCCUGCACACAGUAAUCACAGACCCAUGUUCACGAACAAACUGACAUUGACAAAAAAGCAUAUGAGGUGUAAGAAGUUUUAGCUUUUAAUACAUCCCAUUUUCUUCCUAAAUAAGACUAGAGUUGAAGUGAAGUGAAGUGAAGCCAGCUGGGAAAGACCUUUCCCAGUGUCCUCGCUCUGAGCUCAGGGCUGUGCUUGCAUGUUCCCAACCUCUCAUUCUCCUGUGUCUUCCCAGUGUCCUCUCUGGAACCCUGGAGAUCCUGCUGCUUCUCACUGUCAGCAUUAAUAAAGAUGAUAUAGAACUGUUCUGGCAGCACCAUCAUACUUGACUUUCAUUUCUGUGUACAUGGUAUAUGUUUUUCUUUUUAAAUCUUUGACAGAGUUCUUCUGUGGUUCUUGUUGCUUUAUUUUCUGUUCUAUGUGUAAAUGCUGUAAGAAAAAUGGAAAAAUGUAUAUAUUUGAUUUAAAAAAAAAAAAAAAAAAAGCAAUGUGUUGGAUUUCAGUUUUUCUCUGUCUGAAGGUUUAUGGUUACAAAAGAUUAUGAACAAAGAACUGCUGUUUUGCUCUUUGCCCGCAGUACCGAACCGUCUGAUCGAACUGGGCACGAUUGUUUCAGAGACUUAAGUGUUGACCGUAUUUUUCACCGUGGAAACCGUUAGCUUUUGCUUGAUUCAAAAAAACAACAAAAUACUGUUCAUGUUAAGUUUCUUUUGCAUUAUUUCAAUAAAUGGCUUCUUUUGCCAUCUCUU